AUGAACUGCGACCCUGUGAGGUGCGGAUGGUACUUGUCCAUCUUCUGUGAGUACACGAAGGCCUAUGUGCGCUGCUUCCCGCUGCUAGCGAUGGCUGUGUCCCUCAUGGUGGCGACUCGAAUGGUGCUAAACCACCGCAUCUACUACCAACUCCUCAAGCACGACCUGCUUAUCAGCUUUGACAAAUCAAACCAUGCCUCCGAGGAUCCUCUCUUUCGUUUGCUGCUCUGGUGCUUUGCAAAUGCGUUCCCGCACUUCAUCAUCAACAUCUGGUUGGCCCACCGCGAAGCCUUUCACCUAGUGAAGCUGGGAGAUUUGGCGAGCAGUGCGCAGAAGCUGAUGGCCGCCAACGUGCUGCACGAUGCGCACCAGGUGGCCGUGUUCUACUUCGUGCCAGCGAUUGUCUUUCUGCUCUUCCUUUUUAGUUCUUACGACACAGAGGCCUUGUUGUUGCCACUCAGCAAGUUCUUCGAGGAUGACUUCGAAGCUUCACGGACAGCCUUGAAGAGGGUCCGCUUCAUGCGCGAGAGCGACGUAGCCGCAAGGGUGCAGAAGGGAUUGCAGCUCCAGGGCGAUGGGGCCACGGUUGUGGAUGCCUUCCGGGAGCUGGCGGACGCUGCUGCGACCGAUGCGCCGGCCGUGCUCGCCCGGACUAGCCGCUUGCAGCGAGCCGACAAACAGGGCCGGGAAGAAGCAAGGCUGCGUGUGACUUGGACAAUGUGGCCGGCGCGUUUGCUCCUCGAUCCUCGGCUCUCGGACAAGGACACUGUCAUCUUCCGCUGCUUGUGGCAUGCUUUCUUGGCUGUGAUCGGGCUGCUGAUGCUCGUGGUGUUCUACUGCCUCUCUUGCCAGCUGCUGAAGGAUUUCGGAGACGUCUGGAGUGGGCAGCUGCCGGAUUUGGCUGGGAUUCUCGUCGAGUUGGGGCACUUUGGAAUUGCCGCGUAUCUAUGCCUCAUGCUCUUCCGCCACUCUCUGGUGAAUGAAGCCCUGAGGUGA